AUGCGUGAAGAAUCGGACAAAAACAUCCUCGACCCAGAAACAGCCAACACACUGAUCAGCAGAAUACUUGAACGACUUGAGCUAGUCUAUGGCGGAAUCACCUGUGACGACACAACGAGUCAGCAGCACCGAACCUUCGACGGUAGCUGCAACAAUCAACGUCGGCCCGAAUGGGGGAUGGUUAAUCUUCCGCUAAGGAGAUACACCCUAUCCGCCUACAGUGAUGGCAAAAAAGCUCCACGGAAGUCAACGACGGGGCAAGAGCUGCCCAGUGCAAGAGCUAUCUCCAGGCAAGUCACAGAGGACAGUGAUGAUCUGAUUGCCAAUGGUUAUGCCGCCCUCAUGGUUCACUUUGGCCAGCUUCUAAUCCAUGACACUGACCAAGUACCUGUAGAAUCUGAUACAUGUACCGGAUGUCAGACAUCUCACAUCUGUUUGCCGAUUCCAAUCACAGAAGGAGAUCCUGUAUUCCCCAAUCAGGACUGCAUCGAGUUUGUGAGGUCCGUGGCGGCACCGGCAUUGCACGGCUACCAACCGUGGGCGUACGACCAACCCAAUAUCAUCACUGCGUACCUAGAUGCUUCAUUCAUCUAUGGGUCGAGUCUUGCUAAGGUGAACAGCCUUAGGAUAACUGGAGAUCCCCAGGGUCUCAUGCGUGUCACACCAAAUCCCAUCCCCGGUGGAAAAGGACUCCUUCCACCUGACAAUAAUCUUCGAAGUUGUGCUGGACGGAACGGCAAGGUAUCGUGCGGUCUGGCCGGUGACAACAGGGCGGCUGAACAGGUUGGCCUCACGGCGCUUCAUACGGUGUGGCUGCGAGAGCACAACCGCAUCGCCCGGGAGCUCUCGGGCGUCAACCCGCACUGGGACGGGGACAGGGUGUUCGACGAAACGCGUAAGAUCGUCGGUGCCGAGUGGCAGCAUAUCGUUUACAACGAGUACCUGCCUCUUCUGAUUGGCCAAAGGUACAUGAGGAGGUACAGGCUGGAUGUGAACCGGGUGGACUUGGCUGAGUAUCUGUACCGCACCAGGGUUGAUGCGACCGUCCGGAACGGCUUUGCCACGGCGGUGUUUCGACUGGGUCACAGCCAGAUACCGACGACUAUCUGGAGAGUAGAUAAGGAGUUCCAGAGAGUCUUCAGUGAUAUCAAGACGAGGGAGGCUUUCUUCAAUGCGACACACGUGUACAAUGUCGAAGAGGGAGGAGUAGGGUCGAUUCUCAGAGGGAUGCUGGUGCAACCUCUUCUCGUCAUAGAUGGAGCAUUCUCACCUGCACUUACUGAUCAUCUAUUUGAAGACCCGGAAAAGGGGUUUGGGCUCGAUUUGGUUUCACUCAACAUCCAAAGAGGACGCGAUCAUGGUCUACCUGGAUACACAGUUUUCAGGGAGGACGUUUGUGGUUUAAGUCAGGUACGUAGUUGGCAAGAACUGACCGCAGUCGUAGGAGACAAGACUGCCCAACGCCUCAGGACAAUUUACAGUACCGUCCGUGACAUUGAUCCCUUCGUCGGUUUCUUCUCCGAGCCGCCGAUGCCAGGUGCCCUCAUUGGGCCGACCCUGGCGUGUCUGAUCGGCAAGCAGUUCCGAUCCCUCAAGUACGGUGAUCGUUUCUGGUACGAGAAUAAGAGUGGACAGCAAGCUCUCACUGAUGCCCAGCAAGAUGAGAUCCGAAAGUCGAAUUUGGCCCGGGUGCUAUGUGACAACAUUGACGACUUGCCAGAGAUCCAACCAUUUCCAUUCCUGCAAGCUGAUGAAGAUAGUUCACGCUGCCAGAGCUUGAAUCCCUACACAACUUUCGUAGAGUACAGCAAAUACUAUCGUUAUCCCAACCGAACGGGCUGCCUGCUGAAUGACUUCUCCAACCAACGGGUGAGCUGCCGGGACCUCUCCGCUAUCCCCAGGAUGAACCUCGGUGUUUGGGCUGAACACUAUUACUAAAACACCGUUCACACGAAAGCAUUUUAGCAAGGGUCCCUUGGUAAAUAGUAGCUUGGGUGUAAGUCGACUUAUUGAAAAUUAUGAACAUUCCUCGUGGGACUCUUUGUUUUGUUGAGGCUCAAUCGGUGACUUCAGAAGUGAAAUGGUGAAGUGGGUUAAACGUAGUGUCACUUGCUUUCUUCAACAUUUAAAACAGCGAGGAAUAGAUAAUAACAAAAGUAAAAGAAAAUGCUCUCCUUCGUGAACUUUUGAUUGAAAUUCUUCUUCCCAUUUUUAUUUAGAUAACACAAAAUACAAUUGUUUGACGCUUAGGACCGAACAAAUAAAACAUUCAA